AUGGGCCCCACCGGGCUCGGCAUAACUUUCCUGACACUGCCCCUCGUCGUGCGAGCGGCCGCGGGAGGGCAGUGGUGUUACGACUCACAGGACCCCCGAUGCGGGCCCAGCCACUGGAAGGAGCUGAAAGCCACAUGUGGUGGCGACAAGCAGUCCCCUGUGAACAUCGACAGGCGCCGGCUGCAGCGGGACGGUGGCCUCGGGGACAUCCUCUUCGAGGGUUACGACCAGGCUCCCCCUGGCAAGUGGAGGCUGACAAACAACGGGCACACAGUGAUGCUGAGCCUGGCAAGUGAGUCGGCCUCUGAGCACAUCACCAUCAGUGGCGGGGGCCUCCCGGGCAGGUACCGCGCGCUGCAGCUCCACUUCCACUGGGGCAGCCCGGCUGGGAACGGCUCCGAGCACACCCUCGAUGGGCGCCAGCUCCCCAUGGAGAUGCACAUCGUCCACAUGAAUGCCAAGUACCUGACACUGGCAGAGGCCAAGGGGCAUCCCAAUGGGCUGGCUGUCCUCGGCUUCUUCUUCCAGGUCUCUGAAACCACUAACACCAACUACAACACCAUCGUGGCAGGGCUGAGGAAUGUCUCCCACGCUGGGGACUCUGUGGAUUUGGCCUCCACGUUCCGCCUGAGCACGCUGCUGCCGCGUGCCGCCCGGCUCUCGGGCUACUACCGCUACCAGGGCUCCCUGACCACCCCCGACUGCAGCGAGGCCGUCGUCUGGACUGUGUUCGAGGAGCCAGUGGAGAUUGGCCGGGAGCAGCUGAAGGCAUUCGUCAGCACCCUGCACUUCCCACUCGAGGGAUCCAUGCUCCUAAAAAUGAUCAACAACUUCCGCCCGCCGCAGCCCCUCCGCAGCCGGAAGAUCUUUGCGUCCCGGGGGGCCACAGCCAGCGGUGGCUCCCUGCACGGGGACCCCCCCCAGCUCCUCUCAGCCCUGCUCCUCCUGGCCCUGCUCAGCCUCUUCUCACCAGCCCCGUAG